AUGUCCCGAAAGGAAUUCAAGGACAUGAUGCAGAAGGAGUUCCCUUGUUUUCAGAAAUCGGAGUGCGCUGACGACAAAGGAUGCGACAUCUUCCAGAAAAUUGACUGUGACGGGGACGGUCUUGUCAGCUUCCCAGAGUUUAUGGGCCUUCCCCGGCGGGAGGACUGCAACAGCGUCAGGCCUGAGGACUGGAAUCCCCGGAUCCCUGUGGGCAUUUCCCCUGUGAAGCCGUCGCCUCUGCCGAGCGAGUGGAACGGGAAGACGGAGAGCUGCAUCCUCAACAUCAACUCCACCAUCUACGACGAGAUCCAGCAGGAGAUGAAGAGGGCCAAGGUUUCCCAGGCUCUGUUCGCCAAGGUGGCCGCCUCCAAGAGCCAGGGUUGGCUCUGUGAGCUGCUCCGCUGGAAGGAGGACCCGUCUCCGGAGAACCGGACGCUGUGGGAGAACCUGUCCAUGAUCCGACGCUUCCUGAGCCUCGCGCAGGUCGAGCGCGACGCCAUCUACGAGCAGGAGAGCAGCGCCGGGCAGCAGCACCACAACGAGCGGCCGACGCACCUGAUGCACGUUUCCCCCGACCACUUACAGGCUCCGCCUUCACAGCAGCAGCAGCAGCAGCAGCAGCUCCAGUCCUCGCUGUCUCUCCAGCAUCCGUCCCAGCCUCUCCUGUCCCAGCAGCCCUUGCAGCAGCAGCAGCACCACCAGCCCACCACGGGGCCGCGUCUGCCGCCGCGCCAGCCGUCCACGGCCUCGCCGGCUGAGACGGAGGACGAGGGCAGCCGCGCAGGCGGCGGCGGCGGCGGAGGCAUCAACAAGUCCCGUACGGGCGGCGGCAAGAUCUCGCUGGAGGCUCUGGGGAUCCUGCAGAGCUUCAUCCAGGACGUGGGCCUGUACCCGGACGAGGAGGCCAUCCACACGCUGUCGGCACAGCUGGACCUGCCCAAGCUCACCAUCAUCAAGUUCUUCCAGAACCAGCGCUUCUACGUCAACCACCCGGCCAAGGUGUCCAAGGAGAUCAGCGCUGGCACCAUGGCAACCACCACCACCACCACCACCACCAACAACAACAACAACAGCAGCAGCAGCAGUAACAGCAGCAGCAGCAGCAGCAGCCCGGCCUUCGACGAGGAGCUGACGGACUUCAGGGAGAGCGGCGAUCUGCUGAAGGAGCUGGACGAGAGCACGCAGACCAACAACACCAUCUUCUCCAUCAAGAUCGAAGAGCAGCUGGAGCGCGGCGUGGAGGCGCAGGCGGAGGCGGAGCGCGACGCCAAGCAGUAGAGCCGGCGACGCUGCGCCGCGUUUGAGUGACUGAGUGACUGAGUGAGGGAGUGUUCACACACUGGAGGGGAAAAAAACAAAACAAAACAAAAAAAAAAGACUAUUUCAGACUCAAAAGUACUACUUUUUGGAUUUUGUAAAAAAACAAACAAAAAAAACUUGUAUUAUUCACUGUAAAGACUGAUGCAUCAUUUAAAUAAUCUACACACACACACACACACACACACACGUUGCCGUGGAUAUUUGCUGACUGCACUUCUCUGAUCUCAUCUUUUUAAGAAGCUACUGAUUCUAUUUAAAAACAAAGAAAAACAAAACAAAAAGAAGAAGAAGAAGAAGAAGUCGUCGUCGCCGCCCUCUUCCCGGACGUUCAUAGGUGUUUACGUAGUUUUACUUUUACCUUAGAGAGCAGUUGAAAUUGAGGACCAAGUGUGUUUUUGUGUGACAAAAAGGCCUUAAAUCCUGAGGUAUGAAGUCUGCAGCCUGCUGGCACAUUACAAAUGAAAUAACAAUAAUAAUAAUAAUAAUGAUGAUGAUAAAAAUAAUAAUAAUAAUUAGAGCACGAGGUGACGACGGAACACUUCACACACAUCACGGGAAGGGAGGAGGAGGAAAUAUAAAUAAAUGAACAUAUAUAUAGAUAUAUACAUAUAUUAUUGUAACUGUAAAAAAAUGAUGAUGAUAAUAAUAAUGAUGAGAAAAAAAAGAAAUAAAAACUAUGCCAACAAAUGCCUUGUACUAUACGGCACCGACUGCCGACGUUCCAUUAUUUUGCAAAACCUUUGUCACUGUAACACGAAAAAUGGUUUAAAAAAAAAAAAGUGAAUUUCCACACGUUUUAUUAUUAUUGUUAUUAUUAUUAUUAUUAUUAUUAUUCUCCUUAUGUUGUCCGACCAAUUUAUUUAUUUGCAGUUUAUGUUUUAACGUAGCGCUUAUGUUAUUAAAAAAACAACUAUUUUUUUUUUUGUAUUUAUAUAAAUGUGAUUUUUGACGAGGGCCGUCGAAAACAUGAAAGUGUCUUAAACGUCUUUAAAUGGAGAAAAUGUGCUUUAAUUAACGAAUUAAUGAAUUAAAAAAAAGAAUAAAAAAAAAAAAAGUGCUGUAUGUCGAGCAACUCACGCUUUCACAAGCUUCACGAUUUCAAUGUUGUAUGCAAAGAUUUUUACUCUCAUGCAAAUAAGCUUCGGUUUUCAACGCGACGACGACGACGUCGGCGACGAACCAAGAGAAACAAACGUUAGAAAGAAAAACAUUAUGCAAUCUGUGUGAAAAAAUCAGUGUCUGCGAUGUGUCUUCCUUUUUUGGUUCAACGGUUCCAGUUCAAGAAGAAGAAGAAGAAGAGAAAGGACGUUGGUGAACAAAAUAAUCCUCUGUACAAAAGUCUACUUUUCUUUUUUUAUUUGGAUGAGACGAGAACUCCAGUUAUUUUGUUACGACUGACUGUUUUAUAAGUGUUUCUUCUUCGGUUCCCUUUUUCUUUGUUGUUUUUUUUUUUUCUUUUUUCUUCACAAAAUGUUCUAACUAGAAGUGGUUAUUGAUUGUUGAUUACACAAUUAAACUGUUUGUAUUGUA